AACAAGCGCAAAAACUCAUCCAGAAGAAGUAAAGAAAAAACUCAAGCACUACACAACACUAUAGUGGUUGAAGAAAAAAAAAGCUAGACACUAUGAAAGAAAUCAAAACAACAAUGAGAUUUUGAAUCACUGAAUCGAAACAAAAAAAUGGAGUCAAGCGUUUUGGAAUGUAUCGGCGUUGAAAUAAUCGGCGUAAUGUCACCGGUAUCAAUCUGCAUGUUCCUCGUCGUCCUCCUCGUCUACUCCGUUUCCACCUCAUCCUCACCUGACCUCACUAUCCGCACCGCCGCAAAUCUCGUAUACGCCGAGAAUCCCUCCGACACGACGGCGCAAAAACUCGAAGGUGCUCUCCUAAACGCUGUCGUUUUCGUUAUCCUAAUCGCCAUCGUCACUUUCCUUCUCGUUCUGCUCUACUAUUACAACUGCACAUCCUUCCUCCGUCAUUACGUCCGCUUCUCCGCUUUCUUUGUUCUCGCUUCCAUGGGCGGAUCCAUCUUCCUUUCGCUGAUUCAGCGUUUCUCUAUCCCCUUAGAUUCCAUCACAUGCUUUGUUUUUCUCUUCAAUUUCACUAUCGUCGGUGUUCUCUCCAUUUUCUCUUCCGCUAUUCCGAUCAUUCUCCGGCAGUGUUAUAUGGUUUGCCUCGGUAUCAUCGUUGCCGCGUGGUUUACCAAGCUUCCUGAAUGGACGACUUGGACUUUACUUGUGGCUCUCGCUGUUUACGAUCUUGUCGCUGUUUUGGCUCCCGGUGGUCCGUUGAAGCUUCUUGUUGAUUUGGCCUCUAGCCGGAACGAGGAGCUUCCUGCUUUAAUCUAUGAAGCUCGCCCUACUGUUGCCCCGACCGGUAGGGCUGCUACAUUAGGGUUUUUGGUAGCUGGUGCUACCGAAUCGGGAUUGGGAUCGUCGUCAAUUGAGCUUCAGGUGGUCCCUACUGGGAAUGAGGGUAAUAGGAACACUCAUAGUGCUGGUGAUUCUGUUGCUGUUGUUAGGGUUGAGGAUCUUCGUAACGACGAAGGGGAAAGAUCUCCAUUGGUUGGUAAUGUUGAUCGUGAGGAGGAAAGGUCUCCACUUGUUGAGGUGAAUAGGACUGAGAGAGAAAUGGCGACGAGAGAAGCAGAAGAAGUUUCUGAGAGAGGUAUUAAGCUUGGACUUGGUGACUUUGUUUUCUACAGUGUUCUUGUGGGUAGAGCUGCAAUGUAUGAUCUCAUGACUGUCUAUGCUUGUUAUCUUGCAAUUAUAUCUGGACUUGGCUGCACUCUUAUUUUGUUGUCUGUCUGUCGUCAUGCUCUGCCUGCGCUCCCCAUUUCGAUUGCAUUGGGUGUGCUUUUCUAUUUCUUGACUAGAUUGCUAAUGGAACCGUUUAUUGUUGGGACUGCCACAAACUUGAUGAUGUUUUGAUUCUUAUGAACUGACAUUGACAAGGAAUUUUAUGAUAUGAGGUUAGGCUUUAGAUAUGUAUGUAAUAGUGCUUUUGUUGGCAAGGAAAUUUGUGAAUGGAGUUAAGAGAUAGUGCUCCACGAGUCUUAUCUCUUUUGUAGUAACAAUACUUAUUCACAUCGUCUUAUUAUUUUGAGCUGAUAGUGUAGAAUGGUCACCCAUGCCUAAUGCUGCAGAUCCUGUAAAUUUAAAAGCUAAAUUGAAUAUUACUAGUAUUAUAUUGGUCCACAA